GGAGGAUAUCGCUCCAAGCCCCUGGCGGAUGCGCCAGCGAGGCUUCGCGGCGGCGCAUCGCGCGCUCGGCCCGGCAACCGCAGGCGAGCAGCGCCCGGAUACGCCCGACGGGACGGCGCCAGCGGUCAGCCCGAGCGGUUUGCUCGAGCGGCGCGGGUGACCUCGGACACAGGCCUUGAGCAAGACGGCCCGGCGGCCUCACGCCAGCGGGCCCACGCGGCGGUCCACCAGCGAGGCAGACCGCGUGGAGAAGAGGGCGCCUACGCGCGACACUGCGUGGGAAGCUCACGCGCGGAAUGUCGGCGCAGCUUGGAGGCCUGGAAAUGGGCCUGCGAGCAGCCGACCCGUUCUCCCGUCGCUCGGGUGAGCCAGCCGCCUGCCCGUCCACGGGCGAGGGGAGCGAGGGGUCGGGCAGGCCUCUGGGCCCGGAGGGGGUCUGUGCAUCCCCGGCCCGAGCACUCGAAAAAAGUCGCGCCGCCGGCAGGCGGCGGCAAAAGAAGACUUAAGGAAGCAGGAGGGGACCGACGAGAAACAAAAGAGGAGGGGGGACAUGGAAAAAGGAGGCCAGACAGAGAGAGAGAGAGAAGGACCCAGCGGUGCCGCCAGGGGGCGCCCCUCUGCAGGCAGCAGGCCCAGACCUCGGAAGACCCGACUCGGCCAGGCCAGCAUCUCCACCGGGCCGCUGCUCAGCGCCCCGGGGACCCGCACCCGGCCCCCUCGACGCCGAGCACGGCGAGAAGCCCUCGGCGCAGAGCCCUCGAGCCGCUGGAGGUCUGGGAGAACGAGGCACCUCUUCGGCACUGGGGUUGAGUCGGGGGGGGGGGCGGGGGCGCGCCCACCUGCCGCGCGCGCCUGCUGGCUCAGAGGGCGCCGGCGCGCUCGCUCUCUGGCGCGGCCCGGGCUCGGGGUGCCCGCGAGGGGCCCGGCCC